AUUAAAUGCAAAACACUGUCUAAUUUUAGUAAGGUGUACAAUGCCAAUGCACAUAUUCAAGUCAAGUCAAGUGGUUUUUAUUGUCGUUUCAACCAUAUUUAGUACAGUACACAGCGAAACGAGACAACGUUCCUCCAGGACCAUGGUGCUACAUAAAAACAACAUAUGACAAACACAGAACCACAUGAGACUACACAACUAAAUAAAGGUUGUGACCUGAAAUCCACCAAUUGAAUAAUACAAACUUUGUAGGUGAAUUCACACAAUAUAUUUUCAAAUAUUUAAAAUUAACUGCAAAAAUGUUUGAUAAUGUCAAAUUGCACCCAGUCAUUUUUCAAAGUCAUGAAUUCAGAGGCUUUUUCCAAUUCAAGUUCUGGUGAUGUAAAAAUGACGCCAUACACUUCAAAGCAUACAUGAAGAUUGGAAACAACUUCGUAGCUACAUUGCCCCCGGUUGGUCACUUUAUUAUCCGACAGUGGGUGUUUCAUAAAAGGUUGCUCAUGAAGAGCACGAAGAAAAAACACCAAUAUCUUGAGAAACUAAUUGUCUAAUCAAACUAAUGUGAUUUCUUCUACUAGACAUUUGAUUUAUAGUCACCGCUGAUUUAUUUAUUUACAAUAAUUACAAUGAACGCACACCUAAAAGGAGAAAAGAUCAUGUAUGGAAUCUAUUCCCAUUUCUCUACUGACUUCACCUUAUUUCUUUUCAAUAUAAUCUGUUUCUGUACGUUUUACACAACCUUCAAACGGCUGAUUUGUCCCGUUUAGAACGCAGGGAAAGAAACGAAUCUGCGACGCGAGUUUUACCUUCUGUGUAAUCGCCUUGACAACGACAUGUUUAUAUUAGCCGUGAGCUAUUUUUUGUUUUCAUCUAGCUAAAUAUAUAUAUAUAUAUAUAUAUAUGUUGCAAUAUUACACUUUUCAGAUAGCCCUCAAACUUUAACAAAGAAUUUUACAUUUCAUUCAUUUUUUUAUGUUAUACACAAGGAAAAUGUCAAAUCGUUUAUACCGUUUGCUCUUCAGUAGCUAGCUCGAUAGCAAGGUUGGCCAGCAGCACACGUCAGAAGUCUCUCGCAUUGGGUUUUUAUUUGGAUACUUUAAGAUGUUCAAGGUUAAAAUACUAUUAACUGGACCAAGCGAGUGUGGGAAGACAGCACUAGCCAAUUUUCUCUCUGACACAACAGAAACAAUCGGAGCUGAUUACAGCCCAACACAAGGCGUAAGAAUUCUUGAAUUUGAAUCACACAUUCUAUCCAAUGGCAACAAAAAUUCAGCAUGUGAGGUGGAACUAUGGGAUUGUGCAGGGGAUUUUAAGUUUGAAUCGUGCUGGCCAGCUUUGAUGAAGGACUCCAAUGGGGUUGUUAUUGUAUUUAACCCAGAUGUGCCAAGCCAUCUCAAGGAAAUCGAGACCUGGCACUCUACAUUCAUCUCCUCACAGGGGUUACUGGAGGCCCAGUGUCUACUGAUAGCACACCAUAAACCAGGGAGUGGGGCUGAUACCACCCGUCCACCUUUAGCCACACAGCUAAGCAAAUUGCCUCUUAUUCACUCAAACCUUGAGGAAGAGCCUGAAGAUGUUCGACAGGAGUUCUGCAAAUAUUUAGGAAACGUUACUCGGAUGCUAUCAGAAAAUCAAGAACGUGAAGAGAUGUCAAUUAUUACAUAAUUUG